CGUCUUCAACCGCACACACACACAUACACGCACAACACACAAGAUGACAGUACAAAGGAGACGCGCGCGUGGCCGCGCGCAUUCUACAGAUGACGAGGCGCCACCGAAACAGGAGCAUGAAGAAUACCAAUACCUCGACUUGAUCACCGACAUCUUGGAGGAGGGGGAGUUCCGCCCUGAUCGUACAGGGACGGGCACGUACUCAAUCUUUGCUCCCCAGCCGAUGAAGUUCAGCCUGAACAAAGAUGGCACACCCAUCCUCCCUCUCCUCACGACGAAGCGCGUCUUCACCAAAGCCAUCAUCGCCGAACUCCUCUGGUUCAUCGCGGGCACCACAUCCUCGAUACCGCUCAGCGAAAACGGCGUGAAGAUCUGGGAUGGCAAUGGCUCACGCGAGUUCCUCGACAAGGUCGGCCUGUCUCAUCGCGAGGUCGGUGACCUGGGACCCGUCUAUGGCUUCCAGUGGCGACACUUUGGCGCCGAGUACGUCGAUGCCAAGGCGGACUACACUGGCCAAGGCGUCGACCAGCUGGCCGAGGUCAUCCACAAGCUCAAGAACACGCCCUAUGACAGGCGCAUCAUCAUGUCGGCGUGGAACCCCGCGGACCUCAAGAAGAUGGCUCUGCCGCCGUGCCACAUGUUCGCCCAGUUCUACGUCUCUUACCCACGGCUCAAGGGCGGAGUUGAUGUCGAGAAGAAGACCAAGGGACAGGGGCAUUUGCACUGUCAACUAUACCAGAGAUCGUGCGACAUGGGUCUCGGUGUGCCGUUCAACAUUGCCAGUUACGCCCUGUUGACGCACAUGAUUGCGCAUGUUUGUGAUCUUGUCCCGGGUAGCUUGACGCACGUCAUGGGCGACGCGCACGUGUAUGCGGAUCAUGUAGAGGCACUCAAGACGCAACUCGAGCGCGAGCCUCGUGAUUUUCCCACAUUGAAGAUUGGUCGGGAGAAGGGUGGCGACAUUGAUGGCUGGAAGGCUGAAGAUUUCGUGAUUGAGGGAUAUGAGCCGCACAAGUCUAUUUCGAUGAAGAUGUCAGUAUAAAGGGAUACACAUAGAGACGUUGCAUUUGCCCAAUAGAAGCGCGGGCUCAAUUCAUUUUCAUCAGAGCCAACUUUACGGAUAGAUAUGACAGCAUGGGCUCUGCACUUCUUCCACUGGUCGAGGCUGAGAUCAUUUGUGGCUUGACUCUUGUGGCUGGUGAACACCACCGUCUCAUUGGUCGCGCCACACUUUUGAACUCGGCCGCCCCACACGCACUGCUCCGGCCGUCAGAAAAAAAUUUGGGAGGCUUC